AUGGCAAGCAGAAACCAAAACCCCUCUCCCCCAACUUGCCAAGAAACAUUACAUUCAUUUUGGCAAGAGAAGACUGACCAUGGUUGCCAUUCCCUCUCAAAAAGCUCUUCUGCUCUGCCCAUCAGUAGUUCCGGAGGUCCACAAAAGAAACCAGAGAUUCAUAAAAGCCUUACGAGCAUCAUUUAUGUAACCAGGUGUGAUGAUAACAGUGUGGUUCAGCCUUCACAAAGUUCAGACUGGUCUUCUAGCAGGGAUUGUCUUCAAGAUCUUAAUGUAGUAAAAUCUGACUGCAAUCAUCUUACUGUUGGUCAAAUGCUAGAAAAGAUACAUACCAAAAGUCACUACCACUCAGCCGAAUCAUCCUUAGAAACAUUAGAGCAAGACGCUACCAAGAGCUUCACCAGAUACAAUGUCUCUGAAAAUAUUUCCUUACUAGGUCACUCAGAAACAUCAAUGUGUACAGCUGACAGCAUAGAGAAUCUUGACUCACCGGGCAAGAUUGUCCAGAAGAGUUAUUCGGAUUAUUUCUGUGGAAGAAGGACCUUGAUGCAUCAUUCUCUAAGAGCAAAUAAUACAUUUAGUGCCACAUAUUCCAAUCUCUCUGUUUCUAGCAGUAUUUCUGGGUCAGGCAGUGAUGGGACUUGUACCCUAAGUAAUAUUACUCAAGACUCUGGAAUAGUUCAUUCUCCAUCAAAUGUUCCAAACAAUUUGACUGAUGUUGUGUUUUCCGAGGAGGAACAAAAUAUUCCAUUGAGUCCUUUGGGCGGCAGUACAAUUCAGCACAACAUCACAAUGUCAGGUGCAAGUCAACAUGGAGUAUUGAGACCAGAGAACUCUGGCAACAUGUUUCUGAGUAAUGAUCAUAUAUAUAGUCAGCCAUGGUAUUGCAUUUCAGGUAUUAUGUCUUGUGAUAACAUCGCAGAAAAUAAGCUCUCGCCACCAACUAUGAUUAUGCAUAACAGCUGUUCUGCCCAUUGCAACAAGGACCAUGAAACAUUGAUAAAAUCAGAUGACACAAUUGCUGCCUAUUGCCACUCUUUGCCCAUUCCAUCUAUCCAAUACUCUUCUGAACUGGUGCAUUCACUUGGUGAACCGGUUUCAAGGCACACACUACCACAGUAUUGUUAUCAAUUACCAUGUCCUGAUAAAUUUUCCUUUCCAAAAUUAGCAUCAUCAGUUAGUGAAUCUGGACUAGAUACUAAAAAACUGCUACGAAGUGGUCAGCUUGCCUUUCCUCCACCUCGCCUCUCAAUUGAAGAAAUUAAUGUGCUCCCCUUGGAAAGGAAUACCAGCUAUUUAUUACUUAAAACAAUGGAAACCCCAUUAGAUGAUUUAGAAAUUCCAUGCUCAAACACAAAAACAAGAGACAUUUGGACAAUGACAUCUACAAACAAUUUAUCACUAGACCAUAAAAACUCCCUUAGUUGCAAAGAUGCAGAAGUACAAACUGUGAUUAUCAUGGAAAGCAAAGCAGUUUCAACCAGUCCUUAUAUUCAGAGUAGUAGUCGCUCUCACUUGUUUCCGGAUGUUGGUUUAGGGAUUAACCUACAAUGUCCUCAGUCACCAGUGCGAGAGGUUAGAUGGGAUGAAGAAGGGAUGACAUGGGAGGUUUAUGGAGCUGCAGUAGACCCUGAGGUUCUUGGCUUAACUAUACAGAAACAUUUAGAGAUCCAAAUAGAACAGAACACGCAGUCUUCUGAACAAUUAAGAGAAAAGGAACAAUCAAAUAAAGAAAAGAGGAGGUCUAUCAGAACUGUCAUGCAAUCCUUCAGACAAUCCAACUGUUGUGUAUGUACCACUGCUAUGCCUGAGUGA